GCUUAGGAAGCAGCAUUUGAUUGGGGCUCUAUACAGCUGCUGGCAGGAGCUUCUAAAGGGAAGCUGUUUUCUCUAUUCCCUUGUAAAAGGGCAAUAUUACAGAGCUAAAGGGAAAGAAUGCUAGGCAGGAGGGAAGUAGACCUGCAGGAAAGUAGAGAGCAGCCAAAAGCACUGAAAAAUGUGACAGCCAGCAGAAAGACAGAAGACAAAGGUACCUCCUGCAGGAAGUCAGAAGGAGGACAGAGAGAGAGUGCACCAUGUCUUCAAUUGCAGCUUAUUAUAAUGGAAAGACCGUACUCAUCACAGGAGCCACGGGUUUUAUGGGCAAAGUACUGAUGGAAAAGCUACUGCGCUCCAGCCCUGAUGUGGAAGCUGUUUAUAUCCUCGUGAGGCCAAAGGCAGGACAAUCAACGCAGGAGAGAGUGUCAAAUAUGGUGAAAUCCAAGGUCUUUGACAGAGUCCGGGAAGAUUGCCCUAACUUCCAGGAGAAGAUUAAGCCCAUUAAUGCAGAACUCACUCAGCCAAAUCUGGCCAUCAGCGCCAAGGACUCACAGGAGCUCCUGUCCCAGGUCAAUGUUGUCUUCCACUGUGCAGCAACAGUUCGCUUUGAUGAGCCACUAAAACAUGCCCUGCUGCUGAAUGUCAUGGGCACACAACAGCUCUUACUGCUGGCCCGGCAGAUGCAGAAGCUCGAGGCCUUUAUCCACAUCUCCACUGCCUAUGCAAAUUGUAAUAGGAGAAAUAUAGAUGAAGUCAUCUACCCACCACCUGUUGAGACCAAGAAGCUCUGCGACUUAGUGGAGUGGCUGGAUGAAUCUAUCAUUCAAGAGAUCACACCCAAGCUGAUUGGGGACUGGCCCAAUACGUAUACAUACACCAAAGCCUUGGCAGAGUACCUGGUCCAGCAAGAGAAAGAGCACUUCAACAUUGCCAUCAUCCGGCCAUCCAUCGUGGGAGCCAGCUGGCAUGAGCCUUUCCCAGGUUGGAUUGACAACUUCAAUGGAGCAAGUGGAAUGAUUAUUGCGGCUGGUAAAGGGAUUCUGCAAACUCUCAAAGUCAAUAAUGAUGCAGUAGCAGAUCUAAUUCCAGUAGAUGUCGUCAUCAACCUUAUCCUAGCAGCUGGGUGGUACACUGCAGUUCACAGACCAAAAACAAUGAUGGUGUACAACUGUACAACAGGUGGAAUCAACCCUUUCUGCUGGGGAGAGAUGGGAUACCAUGUCAUAUCCACAUUCAAAAGGAACCCCCUUGAGCAGGCUUUCAGAAUACCCAGGGCUCAGACGACCUCAAACCACCUGAUAAACCAGUACUGGAUAACUGUCAGUCAUAAGGCUCCAGCCAUGCUGUAUGACUUCUACUUGAGAUUAACAGGAAGAAAGCCCAGGAUGAUGAAGAUCUUCAAUCGGCUGCACAAGUCUAUGAUGCUUCUGGAAUAUUUCACCUGUCAGUCCUGGGAGUGGUCUUCAGAAAAUAUGAACAUGUUAAUGACCCAGCUCAGUCCAGAGGACAGGAGAUUAUUCAACUUUGAUGUGCGUCAGCUGCAUUGGUCGGAAUACAUUGAAAAUUACUGCAUAGGUGCGAAGAAAUAUUUGCUGAAUGAGGACAUGUCUGGGAUUCCUGCAGCAAAGCAGCACUUACGAAAGCUAAGGAACAUCCAGUAUGCAUUCAACACCACCCUCCUUGUGAUCAUCUGGCGCAUUUUCAUUGCAAGGUCGCAGAUGGCUCGCAACAUCUGGUACUUUGUUGUGAGCCUCUGCUAUAAGUUCCUUUCCUAUUUCAGGGCAUCAAGCACCCUCAGGCACUGAAAUAGUCAGUCAGCGGCCAAAAGGACCUUCCUCUCCUCUAAACAGCAUCUGUGGGCAUCUGGGCUUGAAAGUAGCAGGGAAUCCACUACCACCACCAGUUGCCUGCAGUCAAUGUGUCCUGUUACUAUGACCACAAUUAUCUUUUUACUAAUGCUUUAAUAUGCAAACUUUCUUCCAUAGGACCAUGCUAAUUUUAAAGCCAUAACUGAAGCUUUAGGCAUGGGCUAUUCUGGGUCUUUUGUCUAGAUUCUGGUGUGCAAGAGGAUGGAUUAACCAAAGCUGCCAUCUUUCCAUCCAAAGUCUAAGAGCUAGACACUCUCAUCCCCACCUCCCUCCUUAAUAGUUGCAAAUGUUAAAGUAAUAGAAAUUAGGAAAGGAAUAUGAUAAGACAAGGAAAUAGAGAAAUAAAUCAGUGAGAGGUUUUCUUAAAUGCAAUUCACAAGUUUAGCUCAAUGAAACCAACAGGGCCAAAUACCUUAUUAGAUUGUGAAACCACAUUUUCUAUGUCACUCAGACCUAAAGGAAGUAAGGAAAAGUAAACUGUGGAAGGCUGAUAAUGUGGUUUAGAUCUCUAUCUCAGGUUGCCAAGGACUGAUACUUUCAAGCUCUGAUUGAUGAGAUAUACAGAAGCUGUGUACAUUUUUUAUCAGCAUGAACACACACACAAGUGACUUUACUAUGGAGAAGCAUUAAUCUCUCUAUAAUUUGUCUUCCAUUAAAAAGCCCUCUUUUAUCACCUCUAUAGCUUUUGCUUGGAAAAUUUAUGUGGCCUGAGUGGAGUUGUAUUUACUCUCAACAUGAAGGAGAAUGCGUGUGCAAACCUUGAAAGAAAAUAAAGGUAUUUUUGAAUCAGUCAUUU